AGAGCGGUUGAGAAUGAGGUUUAUUUUUUUUCUCCUGUAGAAUAGGUCGUUGACAGAGUAGAGCCUUAAAGAAUCUACGGUGACAUGAAAUGUUUUUAGUCUUUUUCCUGAAAUAGCUUUGUGUUGUUUGUUCCGUAUAAACCACUAUAUAUAUCUCUUUGUUGUCUUCUGCUACAUUCGCUCAGCCUCUAAUAAAGAAAAUAAGAAAACAGUUUUGGCUUCUUGAAAGGAAUCAGAAAAAGGAGUUUCAUUUUUUUGUAGCUCCACAGUUCUUCCCAUUGUGUAAAUUUGUUUGUUUGUUUUUUGUUUCAAACCAAUUUAUUUUCUUUAAACACCAUGGGAGGCUGUGCGAGCAAACCUAAGGAGUCUGAUAUCCUUGAAACCUCUGCCACCACUGAAAACGUUGUCGUCGAGUCCAAGAAUGUUGAAACCGAGACCGUAGCUCAGGAGAAGGCAGAUGAAGUUGUCGCAGAGAAGAAGGAAGAGUCUGCUGAAGAUGUAGCAGAGACACAGAAGGAAGCUGAGCCAGCCAAGCCUGCAGAGGAAGAACCAGCCAAGCCUGCCGAGGCUGAAACCGCCAAGCCUGCUGAAGCUGAGCCAGCCCCAGAGGUGGUGAAGACCGAAGAAGCUGUCGUCGAAACUGUUAAGGAGACUGAGCCAACAAAACAAGAGGAGGCUACAGCAGCCAAUGACACCACCAAAACCAACGAAGAGCCUCUUGUAACUCUUUGAUUAAAUUCAUUUUCAAUUCUCAAAACCCCAAUACCGUUCUAAUAUCCCCAUAUGUUAUACCCACCACUGUUGUAUUGUUAUUGUUAACCACAUGUACUUUAUGAAACAAUAGACCUGUUGUGAUUUGUGACU